UGCUGUAGUAUUUGUACCUGCAUCGCUUUCCUCCGCUCAUUCUGCUCAUACAACAUAUGAUCUCUAUUCUUUUUUGCUUCUCGUAAUCAUUCGAGGCUAGGAGUCUAUAUCUGUAUCAAUAUCAAUCGCCAUGUCGUCCUCACUGCCCUCUAACGUUCAUGUCUCCAAACACCCGUGUCUGCGUGCAAAGCUAUCCCAGCUGCGAUCCAAAUCCACCACCUCGCGUGAAACAAAAGCCCUUAUCCAUGAAAUCGCCAUCCUCCUAGGUUGCGAAGCGCUUUCUGUACUGGACAUUGAAUCGCGAGGCACAGAUGAAUCUCCCAUUGGCUUUGAAUAUGAUGCUGAAUCCAUUGAUGUGUCCAAGAUCACCAUCGUGCCUAUUUUGAGAUCUGGUUUGGGCAUGAUUGAUGCCGUCCAGACCAUCCUCCCUGAGCCUGCCUCCGUCCAUCACCUGGGCCUGUUCCGCGAAAAGAUGACCUUGCAGCCGGUCGAGUACUACAACAACUUGCCUCAAUCGCAGGAAGCAGUCGCCAAGCUGGCCAUCAUCACCGAUCCUGUUAUUGCCACGGGAGGCACCGCAGUAGCCGCCAUCCAGACCUUAAGAGAAUGGGGAGUUCAUCACAUCAUUGUCCUUAGUGUUAUUGGUGCAUUGCCUGGUGUUCUCAAGGCUGCCGAGGAAUGGCCAGAAUCGACAGAGAUCUGGGUCGGAGGUUUGGACACUGAGUUGACACAGAAAGGCAUGAUCAAGCCUGGUUUAGGCGACGUUGGAGAUCGUCUCUUUGGCACCAUUGGCAAAUAGUUUGUGUUUUCCGUCUUAAGACUCGCGUGGUUGCGCUAGCUGGAGUGACGCAUUGGAUAGAAAGGAUCUUUCACCUGAGACACAUGAGGGCUUGAUGCCCAAAUAGCUUCUCAACCGUUCCCUCCUCUUUGAGAAGUGAGCACAGCCAGCGUCGCGCACCGUCAAGCUCUCUUGCUCCAAACUUGACAAGAACGAACCCACGGACAUUGGCA